AUGAGCAUCGAGACCCUAGAGAGCAAGACUGCCUCAUCGGCAUCAACAUCAACAUCUGCUACUGCAUCUGAAAAUAUCUCCAAAGCCAAAGAGAUCACCACAUCAGCAGAGACACCAACCACAGAAGAAGAAGAGAACGAGAUAGAAAAACACACGUCCAAACCUCCAAUCUAUUCCCCAGCAAACCUACUCUCAAGUCUCCUCUCGCCAUUCUCUUUCUCAAGCACAUCUCCAGAGCCAACAACCACAAUAUCUCCAAGCCACGACAAAGAAAAAGAGAAAGAGUCCAAAAGUCCAACUACAAUAUCAAUCGAAAUCUCAACCUCAACCUCAGACUCAACACAACCAACCCCAGAACCAUAUUACACCCCGGAAGAAACACCCCUAUACAAAACCCUCUACAAGACCCGUCUAACCAAAACCCGCACAAAACAACUCCUCCGCGCAGGAGAACGAACAUACAAUGACCCACCACCUCCACCAGGACUGGGUGAUUGUUGUGGCAGAGUUCCGAAAGAGAAGAAGAGUGAGAAGAAGAGUGAGAAGAAGAGUUAG